UGUAAUGAAAAUGGUACCAGUUGCUAGCUGAUGAACGAGAUAUCAAUCAUUACACUAACGAACUCAUUUCAUCUUAUUUUAAGGAUAUUAAAUGUUAACUUAUGCAACAUCAAAAAUAACUACAGUAUGAAAAUGUGGGUCGAAAAUGUGCGGUUCGAAAUGUUUUGCUGCCAUUUAAGGUUGUUAGGUCACGUGAUGUAAACAUAAAGGAAGACCGUGAUUGUGUCAAGGAUAUCUCCCAAUGUAUGUCACAGGGAUGGAUAAUGCCUUAAACACAAGAAAGCCAGCGGUUUUAAUAUGUCGAAGGAAACAGUUAAGCACCCCUUGGUUUUUCGUCUCAAUGACUUUGGUGAGGGACCAGAACUUGUUCGACAGGUCUUCUUAGAAAGAGGUUGGCAAGAAUACGAGGAAGAGACCCAACAUGAGUCUGAUUGGAACUUCUGGUGGCGAACAUCACGAUUUCGCUUGCGUGACUAUGAGAAUGUUUUCCAUUGGCAGAGGCUUAAUCAUUACCCAAACUCAACAGUAAUUACCAGAAAGGAUUGCCUGGUUCGUAACAUCAGACGUAUGCGAGGUGUCCAUGGGGCAGGAGUGUAUAAUUUCAGUCCAUUAUCUUUUAAUUUGCCAAAUGAUUACACAAGAUUUGUUGCCGAGUAUGGCAAACUGAAAUCUAAAACCGAUGCAAAUUUGUUUUCAUGGAUAUGCAAACCAGCUGACCUGUCAAGAGGUCGUGGAAUUUUCAUAUUUAGAGAUAUUUCAGAAUUGCAAUACAAUUGCAAUGCAGUAGUCCAGCAGUAUGUCGCAAAUCCUUUGCUGAUAGGUGGAUAUAAGUUUGAUAUUCGACUGUAUGUUGCAGUUCCAUCUUUUCAUCCGUUAACCUUUUAUGUGUACGAAGAGGGCAUAGUGCGAUUCAGCACUGAGAAGUUUGACCUGUCAGCACUAAACAAUAUCUUCUCGCAUCUUACAAACACCUCAAUCAACAAGCAUGGGCCCCAGUACCAAACAGAUAAAGAGCGUGUUGGACCUGGAUGCAAGUGGACUGUGACCCAGUUACGAUACUACCUUCACCAAAGCAACAUUGACGAUCGCAUGAUUUGGGCCAGAAUCAUCAAUAUAAUAAUUUUAACACUACUGGUUCAAGCGCCCCAGGUUCCAAAGCAGCGAAACUGUUUUGAAUUAUACGGUUUUGACAUUCUGAUUGACGACAAGUUGAAGCCAUGGUUAUUGGAGGUGAACUACAGCCCAGCCUUGAAUAAUGACACGCAGAUCGAUGUUGCAGUGAAGAAACCCAUGCUACAUUGCCUUAUCGAUAUGGUGAACUUCAGAGAGGGUGAUGCCGAUAGAGGCAGUAUUGAUAAAACCUUCAAUUCAGGAAAUAAAAGAACACAGGGUAGAGCAUCAGCCAAUAUAAACAACAAUAACAGACAAGAUCUGGAACGAACUAUCAGCUCAAGUCGGCUCAGUAAUCAUGGUAGCAUGCAAAGGAUGAAUUCCACAUUGUCAAUUGUGCUAUCGCAACAGGAGACAGUGUCCUUUAUACAUCAAGAUAACUUGUUGCUGCUGUCCACUAAUGAUGAGAAACCAUGUUUUGGUUUGCCCCUGGUUCAUGCUGUGGAAGAGGACGAAGAUGAUCAGUAUGUGAGUGAUUUUGAAGAUGCUCAAAUGUCCAGGUUGAAUUGUGACCUAGGAGCAUCUAGUCCACAGAACCACAACAGAUCUGGCGGAAUGAUAAGGUCCAGCUCUGGAUAUGAUAGAGAAAUGAGCAAGGUGACAUUGGUGGAAAUGUUGGAAGAAAAGGCUAAAAAGGUAAGUGAUACUGAUGCGAAAGGGAAGGGAGACAAUGCAGGGCAUAAGAAGUUAAGUUUUACGGACAGUGCAUAUUCAAGUUUUUCAGACAAUUCUGACAAAAAUACAUAUGGAAACUCGCCAUGGAAAUUUAAAAACCAUGCUCAGAAAAUGGAAACAAAUUCAGUGGAUCCAUCUGAAGAGGCUGCAAAGAGCUCAAGGGUAACAAAAGUGUACACAAUUAAGUCCUUAAGGCCAACAUUGAAUUCUAUCUCAUUGCAAAAGGUGUCCAAUCGAGGAGUUGCUAAAGGGAACGACUCAUACCUACCAUUAUAUAAAGCGCCUGGCAAAUUGCCUCAAUUUGACAGUAACAAAGCAAGUACUAAAAAGAUUCCUGACAGAUCUGUAUCGAGGAAAUCAUUAUCGCGUUUACAUUCCAAACGUGGCAGUAUUAGUGUCAGAAGUGAUUUGGGUAUAAGCAGAAAACCUCGGGAAUCAUGGUCGAGAGUAUCAACAAUAGUAAAAGGUGAGAAAGAUCUCAUUAGUCUGUCCCUAAGAACAGAAACACAACUAUCUAAUGCUAAAAUGAGCCAAAGAUCAGUGACUAUUAGUCAUUACCAAAAAUGCCCUCCGCCAAGGAUAGGAGAUUUCUUUCUAGUGUUUCCGUUCAACGAGCUGACCUACAAGACUGCCAACGCUACCCUGGACCCGCACGUGAUCAUCAGGGAGACUCAGAAACUCAUGAAGGACAUGAAGCAGCAGAUCGACAGCAGGCCGGGCGACACGAACGUCGGAGGUUUGUUACCGUUUGGUUCCCGCCCUGACGGGGGGCGACUCUGGUCCCCUGUUAGACCACCUCCAGAUGAGUAGCAGCACUAGCAACAGGGGAGGGAACAGGUACUCCAACAUUUAAGGUCUUGAAAAAACAUGCUUAUCAAUAUAUAUUUUACCAUCCUAGAUGUAACGCUUUUUCCAGCUUUUUAGUAGGGUUAUGUCGAAUUUAUUAAUUAUUAAAGGCCGGUUAAGGUUUUCCUGCAAGAUGAAAUAUAAGUUUUAGUGUGCAUGUAACAAGCACCUGUAUCAGUACCUAUUACAUAUAUUCAUUUGGAACUUAGCCCUCUUGUUUUAGUUUAAAUUUAUUCAUGUUUUACAUUUGAUUUGUUUUGUUAUGGUAUGUUAGAAGAUUGCCAACAAAUCAAAGUGACCUGUUAAAGGAAUGGAUGGUAUAAGUUUGGGUUGUGAUUGAUUGUUGAUACAAAAUUCAUAUCCUCAUACAAAUUUUAAGAAAGGACAUAUUGGAGUUACUCUGUUGGUCGGUUUGUUGGUUAGUAGGUCAGACAGAAUAAUGUGACAAAAGUUUGUGUAGCAAACUACUUACACUUUUCUCAAGCAAUUAAAUUGAAACGUAUAUAAUGCCACCCUUUUCAUGCCUUUUGGUCCAUACAUAGCAGAGUUAUUUGCCCUUGACCAUUGCUAUGAAAGUAGUGCAGAGGUAUUAGACACAUUUGUGAUAAAACUUUUGUUAUUUUCAGAUUAUAUAGGCUAUUGUGUAGUUAUGGUUACUUGUGUCUUUCAAUCAUUUCUUCCGUGAUCAUAUUGUAUAUCAAAAGUUAAUGUUUUCUCACCAUGUUACUUUUAUUACAUAUAUAUAUCAAGUAUGUGUUUUUUAUUAAAUUCUGUUAAUUCACAUAAUGGUAAGAUGUACUUCUUUUGUGUAAGCCUGAUGAAUCUAUAUAGAUUGACAUUUUGUAAAUCUCUAAAACGUAUGUGGAAGUGUAAAUGCAGUGUUUAUUUUCUUAAAAACAGUGACAGACGUUAGACGAGGAAAUCAAUUUUUGACAAAAUAGCUCAGGUUUUCCAAUAUGGUUUAGAGAAAGUUUAAAAGUGUUAUUUGUACGCACAAGAGGUUAAUAAUAUUUAUCUGAAAUUUACCUGUAAGGCAAUAUCCAUUUUUUGCCACAUUUAAGUAAAAUCAUUACGGUCUUUUGCAUCAAAUUUUGUUUCUUAUGAUUGUUAUUUAUUCAUUUUGUUUGAUUUCCACAUCAUGGCGUGGUGUCAUGGAAACUCAGCAAAUAUUACUUAGUAAUUUCCAAAUUACAUAAUCUACAUUAAUGUUUUCUCAAAAUGUGUAUAUGGCUUGUCUAUGAAAAUAAGGUUAUCACUGCACUUUUAAGUACUUGAAAAUCAAUUUUUAAUCAGUUCUUUAUGUCAAUGUGUACUGUACAGUUAUGGAAGUAUUUUUUAAUCAUCCGUUCAAACUGCCAAGAGGGCGAUAAAUGUUUAAGAAUAAUUUAGCCUCGUUAUGUGGUUGACUUUGUGUUUGACCAAUCAGUACCUCUGGUUGUGUUUGACCAAUCAGUACCUCUGGUUGUGUUUGACCAAUCAGUACCUCUGGUUGUGUUUGACCAAUCAGUAUCUUUGUGAUAGGCCAAUCAGUAUCUCUUUUUGUGAUAGGCCAAUCAGUAUCUCUGUUUGUGUUUGACCAAUCAGUAUCUUUGUUUAAUCAUUUUCCCAUUUCUGUUUAACACUUAGUUUGUUGUGCAGUUCAAGCAUUCAAACUUAACAUGUAAAUGUAUCAUUUGUCACCACAAGCAUUCAAGAUCAAUAUUUAACAUAACUUGUGCUGAACAUGUAAAUGUAUCAUAUGUCACCACAAGCAUUCAAGAUCAAUAUUUAACAUAACUUUUGCUGAACAUGUAAAUGUAUCAUAUGUCACCACAAGCAUUAAAGAUCAAUAUUUAACAUAACUUGUGCUGAAUAUGUAAAUGUAUCAUAUGUCAUGGUGAGCCAUUCUAAACUUCCUGCAAAUGUGACCUUGAUAAUUAACUAAUGAAUGUGGUUACAUGCAUUAAGUUAUCUUUGAUAUAGGUUACAUCAUUAUGCAAAAUAUUACAAAGUAUUCAUUGGAAAUCCAUGUAUAAAAUAUGUAAAUAAAACAACUUUACUGUUGAUUAGUAUCAUUAUAUUUUUAUAUUUUUACUUCUAUGCAAAAGAAUGAAAAAGAAAUUAUAUAAAUCUGGGAACAUGUCUAGUGGCAUUUAAACGAGAGAUGUUAAUUAAAAAAGUGUGAUGUUCUUUGAAAAUGUGCAUUUUUAAAGGCCAGUUUAUUGUUGAUAGGGUAUAUAUAUAUAUA